AUGGCUGCCAGCGCUAUUGCCCUCCGUGGAGUCAGACUUUUCUUGAACGCGGGAAAAGCGGCGGCCGAACGAAGAUCACCACCCACAAUCAAAACUAGGCGUCGUGUGAAAUCUGUGGUUCCUAUUAACAAAAUACCACAGCCAAUCUUAGAUGUGCUGUUAAAAACGACAAGGUUUAAUAGGAAUGAACUGGAAGCUUUAUACACCAUGUAUAGAAAGCUCGUUACAGCGGCUCAGGCAGCCGCCACACCUACCAUCAUCGGACAACCGGUGCCGAAAAUCGAUGGCAUAGACCAGAACACAUUCCGUGACGUCAUGCACAACACUUUCGAUCUGGUUACAGAAGAAAUAGUCUUAGAUCGCAUCUGGAGUUCAUGGGACAGAGGGGUGAACGGGGGGGAGGGAGCCUUGAAGUUUGAGGCGUGGGCCAAAGGACUUAGUGUAUUGUUAAGAGGCAGUAAUGAAGAAAAGAGAAAUUUCUGUUUCAACGUGUAUGAUUUGAAUUCAGAUGGUUAUAUAACUAAAGAUGAAAUGUUUUUACUAUUAAAAAACUCCUUGCUAAAGCAGCCAGGAGACGAAGACCCCGAUGAAGGGAUACGUGAUUUAGUGGAGUUGGUUCUCAAGAAACUUGAUGUGGACACAGAUGGAAAAGUUUCUAUGGAUGACUACAGACAAGCAGUACGAGACGAACCUUUAUUGUUGGAAGCUUUUGGUCAAUGCGUGCCAGCGAGACACCAUGCUACUACUUUUCUUAAAACGCUUUGUACAAAAUAG